AUGGACUCCGAUGGGGGGAAGCAAGCUGUGACUGACCUGCUUGCUACCUUCACUCAGGGAAAAGCGCAGAUUCCAAAAUUCGGCAGCUUCAAGCCGCGACCAGUAGCCCCAGCGCGAGACCGUGAGAGCAGAGACGAAAAGAAGUCCUCAAGGGAGGCUUCAAGUAGUCGUCAUGGAACCAACGAGUCUGUUAGCUCAUCAAGACAUGACCGUCGAAGGGAGGACAGACGAGAAACGAGAGAUCAUCGUACCAGUAGACCUCCACGCGAGCAACCUGCGGGCAGAUUGAAACCACAGGAUGAGACGGAUCUCUACGUGCUCGAUCCUACCGGUGAUCCAUAUACCUUGAUCUAUGGUUCUCUCCAUAAGUACGACAUUCCCCGAUACUAUCGUUUUGGCGCAGGCAGAGUUCUAGGGCUUUCCACAGCUUACACCAUCGAUCAAGACCUCAGCAGUGAUUCAAAGAUAGUGAUAAAGCUAAGAGGGGCAGAAGAUACAUCACAGCGCAACCACAAGACGCUCUGGAAAUCGGCUUCAAAAUUGACAAAGCUGCGGCACCUGCUACCGCGUCCAGCUGAGAUACCAGAGCUGGAGCGGGAUUUUCUUCCACUGAGUGAAGGUGGGAGUAGAAAAAAACGGCGCAUAGCGGAUGGGCACUAUGAUACUGGUUAUGCGGUCACGGUAACGGAAGAGGAGAAACUCCCCGACUACCGAUCGAUUGAAGGGAAAGCUAAACCCCAACGAGAAUCUGAUGAUGAGACUGAUAUGGGGUCAGAUUGGAGUCUAGAAUCGGAUGGAGAAGGUGCUAGAGUACAGAAUGCUAGGCUGUUCUCAAGUGCAAAUGACAAUCCGGACGACGUGGAAGGCUGGCUCCGACUUAUCGACCAUCAAGAGAAGAUGGUUGGUUUCACGGACAGAGAGGGUUAUCGAAAGCAUACGCUCGCCGAGAAAAGAGGUAUUGCUGAUAUGAAGGUAUCAUUAUAUGAGAGAGCUUUGAAAAGUAUUUCUCCCAAAGUUCCACGAGACAGGCUUUUGCUUGGAAUGAUGGAAGAGGGAUCUCUACUUUGGGACCAAAAGACUCUAUUGGACAAAUGGAAGUCAAUUUUACAGUUCAACUCGCGCUACAUCUCUCUCUGGAUUAAAUAUUUGGACGUUCAGCAGACAACGUUCAACAAUUUCACUUAUGAAAAGUGUCGAUCAGUAUUCUUAGAGUGCUUGAAAGUCAACGAGAACCAGCCGGAUAGCACCGAGAAACAGAUUAUUAGCCUUUAUAUCCUCCUGCGUCUUAGUCUGUUUAUGAGAGAAGCUGGCUUUAUUGAGCACUCAAUUGGCCUUUGGCAAGCCUUACUAGAAUAUAACUUUUGUCGCCCGCAGGACCUCAAUCCAACAACUAAUCGAGCGGUCACUGUUUCGGCAUUCUCUAAAUUUUGGGAGACUGAGGCUCCCAGAAUCGGUGAAGUGGGAUCAAAAGGCUGGGACAGGUCUACUGAAGAUUCACCAGAUCCGAAAACAGAUCUUAGCAUGCCAGACAUAGAUAUCAAAGAUGUCUUUGGCUCUUGGGGAGACAUUGAGCAAACCUUGAUAUCCUCGUCAUUUUUACCAGCUAGAACACUGGACGAAGUGCAAGAAGACGACCCUUACCGAGUAGUCCUGUUUUCUGAUAUUUCUGAAUUCCUUGUUCAAUUUUCAGAUCCUCCUAUGCUACAUUUACUCGUGGAUGCAUUUCUCAUAUUUUGUCGCCUGCCGACAAUAUUGAACGAAGGUAGUGAAAGAACGUCUAGUUGGCAUAUAGAUCAUUUUCUGUCGAACAGGAAUCUAGAUGAUAUGCGCAGGUCUCCUUCAGAAUGGUUCGCUCACAUCGCCGCAAAAGACGAAGAGAGAGAGGGACAUUCACCAUUUACCUUUCCCUGUUCGUCUUUUAGGCAUGGUUUCGAUACGCUGUUUGGCGAUGGAAAGCACUGGUUCUCAACUUUUCAAUCUUGGAAAACCACUUAUCUGGCGAGAAAUAGCCCGAUUGAUGUUGAAUGGGUUCGGAGGUCCUUGAAAAUGCUAGUCUCAAAAAUACCGGAUAAUGACCACUUCGCAGCCUACAUUAUUGCCUUUGAGUACAGUGUUGACCCCAAGGAAGCGAAAAAGUACGCGAAAAGCCUCUUGAAGCAGCGCCCUUCCAGUAUCAAGCUAUACAACUCCUAUGCCCUGCUUGAGGCUAGGAAUGGUCAGCUUGCAGCUGCCGAGAAAGUCUGGACAACCACCCUUUCCAUGAGCCAAAGUUUCUCUAAGGAGGCAACACUUGACUGCAUCCUUCUUUGGCACAGCUGGGUAUGGGAAGCUCUUAACAGCCAGAACCAUGGAAAAGCAACCCGUUUGCUAGUUGCGGUUCCAAAUAGUACCUUCAGCCCAGAUUCUUCUAUGGAUACUGGAGCUAGUGACGUUGUGGUCAGUUCGACAGAGCUGCUAAAGGCAAGGAGAUACCUGAGUGAUAUCCAAGCCCAUGGGCUUACAUUCCGCAAUCCAGACAUAUUUGUAUAUGCUACUGACUGCUUAGCCCUGUUGCUCUACCUUACGCAAGAUCAAGCGCUUUCAGAAGCCCUCGAGGUGUACGAUAAUGCAGAACAGCGUCUUGAACCCCAGAAACAGGAUAGAGCGGCCUUCUUGGAACCUGUCCAUCAAGCAAAGGCGAGGUUGCUCUAUCACCACACUAUUGAAAACCGCGUAUAUAAACCUGCACAAGUUCGCGAGGAGUUGUACAAGAGCGUCUUACUCUUCCCACAAAACACAAUCUUUCUGAGUCUCUUCGCCUUUAACGAGGCUCGAUUCAGAAUUGAAAACCGCGUUCGCUCUCUUCUCACCCGCCAAAUCCUGGAGCCAGCUGGGAAUGGCCGAUCCAUUGAGAAACAGGCAACCCUUAUUCCUCACCUGUUUUUAGUAUACUCUGAACUUCACAGGGGUGUCUCUGCCGGUUCCACCGCUCAUUCCGUUCGUGCUGCCUUUGAGUCAGCGGUGUCUUCGCAACCAGGCCAACACAAUGCCGGGCUAUGGAAGUUAUUCGUUCAAUUCGAGCUAACACUUGGUGAGAGCGAGAAAGGACGUCAGGUGUUUUUCCGCUCGAUUCGAACAUGUCCUUGGUCCAAACAACUGGUUCUUUUGGCGUUCACUGAGCCACGCCUUAGAAAAUCAAUGGGGUUUGAAGAGUUGAGAAAAGUCUUCAACGUGUUUGUAGAGAAAGAGUUGAGGGUCCAUGUUGACCUGGAGGAGUGGCUUGAGGAGAACGAAGCACAAAUCAGGCCUCGUGAGAGUGAUGUAGGGCCAGAGCCUCCGAUUACCAUGCCUGACGAUAGAAGCUCAGAUGAGGAUUAA